GGAUUGCACACAUAGACCAUGGCAUCUGAAAAGCCGAUACUUUAUAGCUAUUUUCGAAGUUCCUGCUCCUGGAGAGUGAGAAUUGCAUGCCUGUCUGAAGCUGUGCAUUGUGCUCUCCCCAGCACUGGCUCUGAAAGGGAUUGCCUAUAACCAGGUGCCAGUGAACCUCCUGAAGGAUGGGGGGCAGCAGCAUUCUGCUGAAUACAAGAUAUUGAAUCCAAUGCAGCAAGUUCCAGCCUUGAAAAUUGAUGGCAUCACCCUUUCUCAGUCGCUAGCUAUAAUUCAUUACCUAGAAGAAACGCGGCCUAGCCCCAGGCUCCUGCCCCAAGAUCCAAAGAAGAGAGCCCAAGUCAGAAUGAUCUCAGAUCACAUUGUCUCCGGCAUUCAGCCACUUCAGAACGUGAGCGUCCUGGAACGAGUUGGGGAGAAAAAACUGGAAUGGGCUCAGCACUACAUCAAGUCUGGCUUCCAAGCACUGGAGCAGAUUCUGCAGCACACCGCCGGGCGCUACUGUGUGGGCGAUGAGGUGUCCAUGGCUGACUUGUGCUUGGUGCCUCAAGUUUUCAAUGCUGAAAGAUACAAAGUAGACCUGGCUCCAUAUCCCACAAUCAUCAGAAUCAACAAAGCUCUCCUAGAGUUGGAGGCAUUCCAAGUAAGCCACCCAUCCCGGCAGCCAGACACCCCUGCAGAACUGCGAGCUUAGAGCUGUUUUACCCAUUAAAUCAAGUAAGCUAGAGCAGCAAAGAGGACACGAGCUAAAGGCUGAAUGGGAUUUGG